AUGUCUUCGGAGCUGAGCCUUGCUAAGCUUCGCACAUGCCGCUUCGCAGACGGAGGAAUUCCACGCGUUCCUGAGCAGUGGUGCAGUGAAAGAGUGGAUUUCAUGUCCGAACUCGGCGGGUAUGGCCAGGCAGCUCAAGUGAUGACGCAGAAGCUGGUAGGGGGCCAUUUAUUUGGUAUUUCGUGCGGUCUUGGUGGUGGACAGAGUGAGCGCAUUGCUUUCCACAUGCCGGAGAUGGCGGCGCUCUCCUUUUUUCUAUCGCAUUCCGACUGGUCAGAUCCGCAGCUACAUACUCCUCUUGUCUUGCUUGGUGCCCGUAUUGUCCUAGAUGGAAUGGAUGGCUCAGCACACUCCACGGAAUACAUUCUCAAUGGAAGGGUUCCUCUGACAAGCGACCUGAUGGAGGUAAAGAUUGGCUCGCAAGUCAUGAAUGUCAGCACCUCCAAGCCCGUCAUUGCAUUUUCGGCCGAGACGCAGGACAUGCUCGGCGUGUCGCUGAAUUAUGGUGAGAUGCAGAAGGCUCGAAUCAAUCAACUUUCCAAGCAACGAGCCGGCCAAACUCUCGGGCAUCGUGUGCGAAUGUGGUAUCGAGGAAUGGCGCUUACAUCAUAUGCGCCUGCGUUCAGAUCAGUGAUGCAGCAGGUCAUCAAAUCUAUUGGUGUUGGGCCCUGGGGUGGAGGGCUUUCCUUUGGCGACUCCGCUGUGGGCUUCCUCGCUAUGUGGAUAGGGCAUGCAGCUGCAGCAGGAUCCUGGGGAGACGCAGGAAUACCGCCUCUCGACUACUAUCUUUACUCGGCGUUUACCGAGAAUCCGAGCAACCAGUGCUUGGUUCACAGCUACUCCAACUGCAUGGCAUGCAUUGCCGCGUGCAAUGAGAGGAAGGUGUGGCCAGCAGGAUAUUGGUUGCCACAGUCUGCAUAUGCAACUGGUGACCACUCGAAUCCGUGCUUGACCGGCAAAUCGCAUGAGUGUCCGGAACGUGGACUUGAGACGCUUUGGUGGAAUUGGAAUGAGCGUCCUGCUGGACACCUCUGGCAGAUGGUGGAAGGGAUGAUCUGGGAUCAUCGCAACGACCAAAGCUUCCGUAAGAGUGUUCUGGAUCUUGUCAUGGAUGAAGUGGUGCGCCUUCAAUCAAAGGCCAUGACCCCUCAAUUCCCAGUAGCUCAGACCUACCAAUGA